CGAAUCAUCAGCGACGCUACACGGCUGCUGGUCCCCGCACGAAAACGGCAUCGGCGCGUGUGCCGGCCUCGGCUUAAUAGCUCGGACGCACCUCAAACCCUUUUAAAGCUCUUCAAAACGCAAGUAAACGGGUCACUCGCCCGCCAGGCUCGGCGUUGGGCGGCGAGGGGCAUACGGCCCCAACACUCCUGGACUGCGCGCCAGGCGUGCCGGCCGUCCGCGCGGAGGCGCACCCAACUAAGCCACCAUGGGCGUCUUCACCGAACAUGUGGUACCCAUCUUUGGCAACAUCCUCGCCUGCGCGAUGCUGGUGUCACCGUUUCCGGCGGUGCUUCGGCUGCGCGCGGCGGGGAAACUCGGGGACAUCAACCCGCUGCCGUACCCAAUGACGGUGGUGAACGCCGCGGGUUGGGUGGCGUACGGCUUCGCAGUCGCCAACCCCUACAUCUUCCCAGCCAACGUGGUCGGCUUCUUAGCGGGCGUGUUCUUCACAUUCACAGCCUACGCCGCAGCACCCAAGCAGGUCCAGGACCGCAUCACCGGCAUCAUGGUGGCCGCCUCCGCGCACUACAUCAUGCUGGGGCUCAUAGCCUGCUUCGCGCUCUCGCACACCGCGGGGGCGCGCAUGUGGGGCACCAGCGCUGUGGUGAUCCUCAUGCUCUACUACUUCGUGCCGCUGAGCACAAUGGUGCAGAUCGUCAAGACGCGCAACGCCGCCUCCAUCUACCCGCCCCUGGCCAUUACCGCGAUAGCCAACGGCCUCAUGUGGAGCAUCUACGGCUUCGCGAUCAUGGACAUCAAUUUGUGGCUGCCCAACCUGUUUGGGUCCAUCGUCGGCGUCAUCCAGCUGCUGCUGCGGCUUGUGUAUGGCGCCAAGCCCACGGCGGCGGCGGCAGGCGGCGGCGCGUUAGCGGUGGGGGCUGGUGCGGUGGCGGCGGACGACGAGGAGACGGCGGCGUUUGCCAAGACGGGCGCCGAGCCAAGCGGGUGAGACGCACUUGUGUGUGAGUACGGAGCGUAGCUGGUAACCAUGUGUAUACCGGUAGAUGAUGGUCCAGAAAGUUUGAGCUCCGAUGCUUGCAGUGUGUGCGCUAUGGUGUGCCGGCGUUUGUUGCAUGCUGUGCCCCGGAACUGUGUUCCCGGUGUGAGCAGCUUGGGUAUGGGUAUAUGAUAUGGUGGUGCGGUGCGGUGCGGUCGGGGUGGAGGCUACAGAGCUGCCAGGGCCGUCUGCAUGUCAGACCGCGAUGCGGGAGGCAGGGCGGCGGCAGCGACUGCGCUGCGGGUGCUGCUGCCAACGCGCGCCUACACACACAGGGCAGAAUUGCAGGCCCGCCUGCACUCCGGGACUCCGUUGCUGGGCGCUGGCGGGGUGGGGCGGUCGUGUGGCUGUCCGGCGGCAGCGGCAGCUGCAGUCCCGGUUGCGGCGGAGGCAACGGCGGCGGGAGAAGCCAUGGAGAACGGUCACAGCUGUGGCGAGGGUGAAUGCCGUGGCAGCAGCGGCAGGAUCGGCAGCGGCAGCUGUUUGCAGCCCGACGGCGGCGGUAGUGACGGCGGCGGCGGCGGCAGUGACAGAGGCGGUGGCGGUGGAAGCAGCUGCGAAAGCACCUCGUCAUUCGUGGGCGGAGGUGCGGUCUGCCCCAUGGCGCCGCCACGUCUAGUGUCGGAGCCGCAGCAGGAGCAGGACGACGCGAAUGGAGCGGACCAGGACAGGGACGCGGUCGGAGCGGGGGUGAAGGCGGGCGGCAGCGACGCGGCGCAGUAAGCGGCGGCGUGGAGCGGGCCGAGCGGCGGCGACAGCAGCGGCCGCAGCGGCCGUGGCUAGGCGCCUGCAACUGCAGCUGCUGCAUGUGGAGGGCGCUCGAGGGGUGCGCAGGGAGCGGCGGCUGGAAGGCGCGUGCAACACAGCGUGAAAGCCGGAUUUAUCUUGCAUCUUUUUGCAAAGUAACAAGUACUGGGCACACUCAUUACACACCAUGACUUGCGGCGUGGCUUUCUAACUGGGUCAGUGAAAGCACCAAAGCGAUAAGACGGGGACUCGGCGCAGUACGUUUCAUUACAUGUGAAGGGCACUGGGUGUAUGUCGUCGGAUUGUUGUGGUUGUGGCGAAGAGAGUAUUAUAACAGCUAUUACCUGCUCGGGGCGCAUUGUUUCAUUCUAUCUCCAGCACGUUGAUGCAAGACGCGGGUGCGAGGCAAAGCGCUAAGACCAGUCGUAAUUCGUUGACAAAGUCUGCAUGCAAAUUAGAAGAUUGUGUGUGCACGUGUUACGUUGGCAGGGAGAGUACGAGAGGCACCUAGGGGCACUACGGUACUAAGUGAAGAGGGAGACGAGCGUUCUUAAAACGAGCUGCAAAGAAUUAUGUGUAUGGGAGGAGAAAGGAUGACUGUUUUUACCGUCUCCAGUCAGAAAAAGCAUGAGCGGGAGGGGCAGGGGCUGGAUGGCCAUGCCCUAGAUGAGUACGUGAGAGGAGUGGUCCAUUGGUCAUGUGGUGGCGUUUGGGUCAUGCAUGCGUGAUGGGUGUGCGAAGGGACAGGGUUUAGGCAGGUUGGCGAGGUCCCGUAGGGUGCAUGAGCGCUAUGUUUGUGUAGGACAGUAGGCCUGUUGGAGCAUGGUAGAUUGGAGGGACUGUGGCGGAGGGGGUGGGAGGGCUCAGUGGAGGUCACCAGGAGCCUA